AUUUCUAUCAGAGUAACCUAUGCGCCUCAUGACACAUCAAGACACGUCAUUUCUGCACUCCAGUUCGUGUCUUACCCUUGAGGAUGCUCGUAUAAGAAUGACAUCUUCACGGCUCUUUUCUUUCGUCAUUCAUCCAUUCUUCCUCAAUUACUUUUACCUUUAUACUCUUUGAACAUAUUUAUCGCAUACCAAACUUUAAACUACUCUUGAUUAUUAAUUACCCAACACGAUUCACUAAUAGGCCGACAUUGAUUUUGAGGAUACUCCAUCACAGCUUUCCACUGAACUUCGUCUUAUUUAUUCUACUGUCACAACACUACUUUUCUUUACACGUUCACUUCUUCGUUCAGAACGGUGGCAUUGUUUUUUUGGCCGGUCCACCUGAUAGCCCUUCUUAUACUUCAAUACUUAUUUAAUUCACAUCAUGUUAUCAACCGGAAGAUUAAUUCCAAUGCCUGUUGGUCAUAUCUCCCAAACCGCUACAUGGUCGCAUUCUUUAGCGCGCUGCCAUCUUGAAAGGGAAAUCAUCGAUUUUACACCAAGUCAAUUAAGAGCUCUCGGUGUGCAUUAUCAACUUGAACAACAAAUAAGAGUACAGAAGCAAAAAAUAGAACAUCAUCUCAAAGGAAUCGAUCUUUGUGAAGUGUAUGGAGCUAAACCCCAACAAUUUAUUUAUCCUGGGUAUUUUACCAAACAACGUGUAGAUCAAUAUCUUCAAAGAAGAAACUCAAAAAAGAUGUAUCGAAGGCAGAGAAAACAAGAGAACUACAGAAUCCAAUUUGAGAAUGCUAAAAAGAGUGUGUUUGAAGUUCAUUGUGCCUUACAACGUGUACAAAUACAACGACGGAAAGAAGUUACAGAACGACAAGCAGCUUAUGUAUCACAGGUCCUUCAAGAUGAUGAAGGAAUGAAAGUCGAAAUCGAAAUUAUAGUCCAAUCUUCCUGGGAUUCAGAAGGCAUGCAGUACUGGGGACCUCAAGAGCGUAAGGGUUUUGUACCAUUUUUGAUGAUAGUCUAUUGGAUGAGUUAUAGGCUACUUCGAGCACUUCUUUCUGGAUAAAGUUCAAUAAGUUCUUCGUGGCAUUAAUAUGAUCUAGCAGAUUGUUUCUUUUAAUUUUCCUGUGAAGUUUUCUCUUGUCUUCUCUUGAUGUUUUAUUCUUUUUUUUCGGGUUUCACUUGUUUCUAACUUGCAUAUCUUGAUUAUGUUUUCUUCAUAUUUUUCUCAUCAUCUCGCUACUUUCUUGAAAUUGUUUAGUUGGUUACCUUUGAUUAAUAGUUGUAAGCAUUGAAGAUGAGUUUAAUCCUCUGGAUAUGAUGAUGUGAUUACCGUUAAAUUGGUUUGCGAUUAUAAGCUUACCAGACUCCCUCGCU